AUGGAUCCGUUUAACUCCCUGCCCCCAGAGAUCCGUCUUAAGAUCCUUUUUUCUAUCACCUCCAAGUUCUCCCUUAACUCCAUCAUCCGCGCAUCGCCGACAAUGCUGCAACAGUACCAGAUACAGCGAAUCAAAUUUCCGAGACCUCUACACGUUCAAGCACAAAACUUGCUGCUUGUUCGUGAUCACUUGCAACGCUGGCAAGACAAGACCUUUGCCAGUCCUCUAGCCAAGCAUGACGACUAUUUGUUCCAACAGCUGGACUCGCUUCAUAAUAUGCUGCUCCAUUUCAUCCAGGAUUACUGCAGCAAGGCCACAGCGCCUUACAUGCCACGAGAGUACAUUUGUUUGCCGACAUUCGAGGAUCCCAAGGUGCUCCGUGAACAGGCCAAAAGAAUGACGGAGGAGCAUACACUCUGCGAUCUAGCAACUAUGGUUAAGUGCGUACGAUAUACACUACCCUGGACCACCAUUGUCUGCCGGCAGCCUCCGCGGUCCGUUCGUAUUCCGGCGUCGUUCAAACUCUUCGAGGGCAAAACACUGGCCGAGAUUGAACUUGUCCUUGGCUUUUACAUGGAUGUCAUGAAGGAAGAAGAAAGCCUGGACAUCGAAAAUCCAAUAGAGUUUUGUUUUUCGACCUUAUAA